AAAAAAAAAGAAAGAAGAAAACUUGGUGCUUCUUUAAUAAGAGAAAAGCACCUCUUUAAUUAAACAUUGAUCUUCCUUAUCAAAGAAACUCAUCCAUGGCAGAUUGGCACAGCUACAUCAUAGUUUUCCUUGUUUGGCUAAUUUCCACAAUCCUCUUCCGAUCCAUAUUCACCAAAACCAAGACCAAGCUUCGUCUUCCACCAAGCCCACUUUCACUUCCAAUCAUUGGUCAUCUUCACCUUCUAGCUCCAUUACCACACCAAGCUCUUUACAAGCUAUCAAUCCGCUACGGACCCAUAAUUCAUCUCUCCCUCGGCUCAAAUCCUUGUGUUGUUGCUUCUUCCCCUGAGGUUGCCAAAGAGUUCCUCAAAACCCAUGAAACUUCUUUCUCUAACCGCCCUAAAGGAAUUGCCGUUGACUACCUUACCUAUGGCUCUGCUGAUUUCUCUUUUGCACCAUAUGGACCCUACUGGAAGUUCAUGAAGAAGCUCUGCAUGUCUGAGCUUCUUGGUGGAAGAACACUCGAGCAGCUUCUUCCUGUUAGACGCGAAGAGAUUAAGAUGUUUUUGGAAUUGAUGUUGAAGAAAGCUGAUGCAAAUGAAGCUGUUGAUGUUGGUGGAGAGCUCACGAGGGUCACUAACAAUGUGAUUUCGAGAAUGGUCAUGAGCCAGAGGUGUUCUGAGAAUGAGAACGAAGCUGACCAAGUCAGGAAAUUGGUGAAAGAAACAGCAGAGCUUACUGGGAAGUUUAAUCUGUCGGAUUACAUAGGUUUCUGUAAAAAUAUUGAUUUGCAAGGAUUUAGGAAAAGGCUAAAGGAAGUCCGUGAGAAUUUUGACACUAUGAUGGAGUGGAUUAUAAAAGAGCAUGAACAGGCGAGGAAGAAGGAGAAGAAAAUUAAUGGGGGAGGUGAUGAUCAUGGAGUGAAGGAUUUACUUGAUAUUCUGCUUGAUAUAGCAGAAGAUGAGAGAUCUGAGAUUAGAUUGACAAGAGAAAACAUCAAGGCAUUUAUCCUGGAUAUAUUUGCUGCUGGAACAGAUACAUCUGCUAUUACUAUUGAAUGGGCAUUAGCGGAGCUAAUAAACCACCCAAACCUUGCAAACAAAGCAAGAAAAGAGAUUGAUUCAGUAAUUGGAAAAACCAGACUAUUACAGGAGUCAGACAUUGUCAAUCUUCCUUACCUCCAAGCCACAGUGAAAGAGACACUGAGGCUUCACCCAACUGGUCCUAUGAUUGUUAGAGAGUCAUCUGAAAGCAGCAAAAUCUGCGGGUAUGACAUUCCAGAGAAAACCCAAUUGCUUGUGAACGUGUGGGCUAUUGGAAGGGACCCAAGUCACUGGGAAAACCCGCUUGAGUUCAAACCAGAGAGGUUUCUGAGCCAAGAAGGCAGUGGAAAAAGCCAGUUAGAUGUUAGGGGACAGCAUUUUCAUCUUUUGCCAUUUGGGAGUGGACGAAGAGGAUGUCCUGGUACCUCACUUGCUCUGCAAAUCGUUCAGACGACACUUGGGGCUAUGAUUCAGUGCUUUGAAUGGAAGGUUGGUGGUGGAGAUGGUAGUGUUGACAUGGAAGAAGGACCUGGUUUAACACUCCCGAGGGCUAAGCCUUUAAUUUGUGUACCAGUUGCUAGGCUGAGUCCAUUUCCAUCAAUGUGAUAGAAAAGCUAAAAAAUGAAAGCAUACAUAUUGAGUUUAGAAUAUGGGUUUUGCAAGUAAUCUAUGUUGAAGAUUGAAAAUUGUAAGUUGGGUGUGCCUUUUGAUUAUAGUGUUAUUACGAUCUAUUGCAAUUUAUAAUAACUCUGCCAAAUAGAAUACGUUUGAAAUUGAGCAAUUUAUAGUUGAGAGUUCUAGUAUAUAGAUAUUUAAGAAAAGGUAUUGGAGGUGUCAAUGGUCAAAUCCAGCUUUUGUAAUCAACACCAGGUUUUCUAAUUCUGCCCUAACACUACUUUUCUGCCUCCUCCAAUUCCUCUUCUUGCUUUUCAGCGGUGGCUCCUAAUUCAUUCAACCUGGC